UACUUCACAUAUUUUUCAACCCCGGUAAUAGCUUUUACCUCCACAGCACCGCCGGUGAUGAUAACGCGAUUCGGGCGUUGUUUGCCACCUGCAUUCUUAUGAACGAAGAAGAAAAGAAGCGGAAGUGACGUAGAUGUCAUGGCGUCUCACAUGUAAAUGGCCGAGUUUCAGAAAUUGAAUAAAACCUAUUAUUAGGAGAUCUUAAGACAUUUCCUGCUUUGUCAAAGUUAUCUCACUGCUGUUGUUUUCAGGUUAAAGUGAGACCAUCUUUGCUUAAUCUGACUUCCAACACCACGAAAAUGAGCACUCAAUACAGCAUUCUCUUCAAGCAGGAACACGCACACGAUGACGCUAUCUGGACAGCAGCGUGGGGUAAAAGUGAGUCGGACGGGUCAGAAACUAUCAUCACCGGCUCCCUAGAUGAUAUGGUGAAAGUAUGGAAGUGGUCAGACGAGAAGCUGGAGCUGCAGUGGACUCUGGAGGGCCACCAGCUGGGCGUAGUGUCAGUGGACAUCAGCCACAACGGAGCCAUCGCCGCCUCCAGCUCUCUGGACGCUCACAUUCGUGUCUGGGACCUGGAUUCUGGAAAACAGAUCAAGUCCAUGGACGCUGGACCAGUUGACGCUUGGUCGGUCGCCUUCUCCCCGGACUCCAAACACAUUGCCACAGGAAGCCACCAUGGCAAGGUCAACAUCUUCGGGGUGGAGAGUGGCAAGAAGGAAUACUCCCUGGACACCCGAGGGAAAUUCAUCUUGAGCAUAGCUUACAGCCCUGAUGGAAAAUAUUUGGCCAGCGGAGCCAUCGAUGGAAUCAUCAACAUCUUCGACAUCGCCACCGGAAAGCUACUCCACACCCUGGAAGGUCACGCCAUGCCCAUCAGAUCCCUCACCUUCUCCCCCGACUCGCAGCUGCUGGUCACAGCCUCCGACGACGGCUACAUUAAAAUAUACGACGUGCAACACGCCAACCUGGCGGCCACGCUGAGCGGACACGGAUCCUGGGUUCUGAAUGUGGCUUUCUCCCCCGAUAACACCCACUUCGUCUCCAGCUCGUCCGACAAGAGUGUGAAGGUUUGGGACGCCGGCACCAGAGCCUGCAUCAACACUUUCUUCGACCAUCAGGACCAGGUGUGGAGCGUAAAGUACAACAGCAAAGGCUCAAAGAUCAUCUCGGCCGGAGACGACCGCGCCAUCCACAUCUACGACUGUCCCAUGUGAGGGACGCACGCUCGGACUGAACGAGGGAGGGGCCACGCGCCUGCUCUCAAAGUCAAGGCGUCAAAGUCAUUAAUUGGGAGGGGGGCAGCAAUCUGUAAAUGUGAUGGGGGAUUUUGCACUGGCCCACUGCAGUCAAAUAAAAGGGUUGUUUUUUAUUACUUUUGUUUGUAGUUUAUGCGCUGGGCUUUGUCAUUUUCCAUUCAGUGGUUUGGAUUGUCUUGAAUUAAAUCAUGUAUUGAAAUUCUUAA